AUGAUCAAAAUAAUUGACAUUAUCCGUUCGGACUUCAACAGCGACAAUAGAGGAGGACACAUCCCCAUAGAUCUCCAAGUUAUGGCUGCAAUUAGAUAUUGGGGACGGAACGAGAUUCAAGACGAUGGAGCAGACAUCCACGGAUUCAGCCAACCCACGCUAUGCCAAAUAUGUAAGCGAGUGGCAAGAGCAUUAGCUGCCAAAAGGCCUGUGUUCAUUGAAAUGCCAACAUCGUUUACGGACCAGCUGAGAACUAUGAACAAGUUCUCUGAAAUACGGGGGUUUCCAAGGGUUGUCGGGGCCAUUGACUGUACCCACAUAAGGAUCCCAAAAGUAGGUGGCCCAUCAGGGCAGUACUAUAUAAACAGAAAAGGGUAUUACUCGUUGAAUACCCAAGUAGAAUGCGACGCAUCCCUAAAAAUUAAUGACAUUGUUUGCCGCUGGAGAGGCAGCACUCAUGACUCACGAAUUUUUAGGGAAAGCAGAAUUAAACAAAGAUUUGAUGAUGGGGAGUUCAACGGUCGUCUGCUUGGGGAUGGUGGGUACCCUUGUACUAACAUCCUCUUAACCCCCGUUUUGAAUCCUCGAACGGAUGCUGAAAUAAGAUACAAUACAUCUCAUAUAGCUACUCGUAACACGGUGGAAAGAUGCUUUGGCGUUUGGAAGCAAAGAUUCCGCAUUUUGUUAUCAGGUAUGAGGUGCUCCCUAGAAAAUACCAAAACAACUAUCGUAGCCUUAGCAGUUCUCCAUAACUUGGCAAUUGAUUUUCAGGAUGUUCUUCCUGCCACAGAUGAUGAUGUGAACAAUGACAAUCAACCAGAUUCCUCUGAAAAUCAAGAAAGACCGCAUCAAGAAAGAAGCGACCAAAAUCUCACACGUCGUGUUUUUAUUGAACAAUACUUUUCCACGCCCAAUCAAUAAAAAAAAUAAAUUUGCUUGUAUCUUUUAAAUACAUUUUUAUUUGAAAACAUAAAAAAAAACUUAAAUUGAUUCACUAAAACUAUGCAAAAUUAUACAAAAACACUUACAAAGACAAAAAAAAAACAUAGGUAAUAAAAAAGACCACUCAAAACAAAACAAAAAAAAAAAAAAACAAA